GGUCGCAUCUACCAAUCACAACAGAAAGGACCAAAUUCAUCCUGGCUACAUUUCACAUAUACUCAAUGGAGUUAUAGAAUCCAGGGAUAAAUCGGGCCCUUUGUGGUGGAUGCCCCAGGAUAUUUCAAGAGAGAUCCCAGAGGUAUGACUGUUAGCGUUGUUUUAAGUAACUAUUUUGCAGCAUCUGGCAAUCGUGCGCUAUAUUUUGGAAGUUUGUGCCAGGAGUGAACUUGGUUCAGCAGGAAGAGUUCAAAUGCAAAGGAGCAUUUAUGUGUUCAUUAAUUUUCUUGUAGUCCUCUGAGUAACCAUGAGGCUACUGCUACUUUUCAUCUGUAGUUUGCUGUUAUUUUCUCUAUUGUCAGCUUUGUAAAUUGUAACAGUGAAAUGUUGCCACGUGAAAAGCUUGGGCUGAUAUUAAUGCCAUAAGAACCAAAGUGUUUGAAGACCUGUUUGGCAGUGAAACUGGACAAACGUUAUUAAACCUAUCAAUGAUUUAAAGCUUCAGACGGAAGGUAAUGACUUGAAUACACAUUUCACUCAUCAUUCUUGAGGUAGUGGCCAGAUUUAAUUUAAAAGUUAAAUGCUUUGGAAAAUCAGGAAUUACUUUAAUAUAUUAAAUCAUUUUCCAAUUAAGUUCCUUAAAUAAUUUUUGGUGUGUUGCACUCCAAAUCGAAUAAAUUAAUUUAAAAAGUAGUUUUCAGAAUUUCUUUACUAGCUGGUUAAAGCUUCUUUCAAGUCAUGCCAUGUAUGAGGGAGCAAACUGUUCUUUUCAAAUGCAAAUGAGACACUCAUUCUGUAGACAAGUUGCAACUCUUCUAUUUCACUUUGCCUGAACUGAUAAUGUGCUUAAAAGUGCACAGUCAUAAGACAUAUGUUUUAUGCUUGGAAAAGACUUACCAGGAAUGUUUCAAUAUAUGAUAUCGAGUACAUAACAAGUGUCUUUCUCAGAUGUCUUUACCACUGACCAUUGAUAACAUUAAAUGGACAGAGUAGAUUUGCCAGGCCUCUUGGAGGCGUACAUUUAGUGAACAUUUCAUUUUUCACCCCUUCACUCUCUCCCUUUGCCCAGCAUGAUUAACAUUGCUGUGAAAACUUAUCUGACUUGUUCUAAACAUGUCAUCAUGUUACAGUAUUGCUCUGUCACUCAUUUUCAGGCUGUGUGUAUUUAGGGAGUUGGAAGGGCGGGAGGCCUGCAGAAUUUUCUGUUCAGUAUGUUUGGUUGAGUGUUUGCUUUUAAACUCUCCCAGGAAAGGAGAUGAUGGCUGGAGUGUGAUGGAUCCUUGUUCUGGGCCAGAAUGGUGGUCUUCCUUAGGAGUCUACCUCCAAAAUUCAUUGGGAACUCAUUCAAGAUCCUCUGGGUUCUUGUUUCUCGUAAAGUUAGUUAAAACUUACUUUUGCCACUUACUAGCAGAUUUGGCCAUAUUUUUCAUAUCUAGGUUUUGGUGGUGUUUUUCCUUUUACAAAUUUGCCAGACUUUGAUUGUUUACAUUUGAAGUCUGCUUGAGCUGCUGGUAAUUUAGAAUGUAUUCCACAAAUACUUAGGCUUUUAAGUUUUCUAGUUGUUCUGUUUUAGUACUAGUUGUUUUCCGUGAUCGGAUGGUUGUUUGUAGCAUAUGAGUUCCUAGGCACAUGCAUGGGAGGUAUUGACUGUGCAUUUUUCUGUAGCCAGAGGAAAAUAAUGUAGAUUCAAACAAUCGCCUCUUAUCUUACAAUUUUCAGUUGGCAGGCUUUGUUUCAGAAGACUGCUUAGAUCUUUAUUUUAUAAACCUAAAAUAGCAUUCUAAGCAUCUUAGCCUAAUAUUUCUCUAUCUGCUGUGAAAGCUCAUUAUGCUCUGCAUAUAUUGUUAUGCAGGCUUUUCCUUGUUUCUCUUGCAUUACCCAUGGAGAGAGAAAAGUGAAGGAACAAUGCAAACAAUGUUGGUUAUGACAACUGUGAGAGGUAUCUCUUAUACAAACAGACAGAAUGGAUGGUAUGCUUUGGUAUAUAGGUCAGCCUUUGAAAUAACAUCGUGGAGCUCUUAUGCUGGACAGAUUUAGGGUUGGGAUUGUACUGUUCACCCCUUGAAACUUGAAGCAUAAUUGCAGUUCAGAUAUGUUCAGGCUAAUACCCUUGUUGGAUGGUUUCCUCCCAAGGAACACGCUGCUUUCUAAGUUGCAAAACAUACUUGAAUUACAUGAGCAUCUGACAAAUCCAGUUUGACGGUGAGAACAUGUAUAUGAGUAUGACAGAACCAAGCCAGGACUACGUGCCAGCCAGCCAGUCUUUUCCUGGCCCAAGUCUUGAAAGUGAAGAUUUUAACAUACCUCCUAUAACUCCUCCAUCAUUGCCUGACCACUCCCUGGUGCACUUGAAUGAGAUAGAGUCUGGGUACCACUCUCUGUGUCAUCCCAUGAACCACAAUGGCCUCCUUCCCUUCCACCCUCAAAACAUGGAUCUACCUGAAAUUACAGUUUCCAACAUGCUUGGCCAAGACGGGACACUGCUUUCCAAUUCCCUCUCUGUGAUGCAAGAUUUACGGAAUACAGAAGGAGCCCAGUAUAGUUCCCAUCCUCAGAUGGCAACCAUGAGGCCAAGGGUUCAACCUGCAGAUAUUAGGCAGCCAGGAAUGAUGCAGCACGGGCAGCUGACUACUAUUAACCAGUCCCAGCUCAGUGCACAGCUUGGUUUGAAUAUGGGUGGAAACAAUGUUCCUCACAACUCGCCCUCUCCACCUGGAAGCAAAUCUGCAACUCCUUCACCAUCCAGUUCAGUCCAUGAAGAUGAAGGAGAAGAUAGCUCUAAGGUCAAUGGUGGUGAGAAGAGACCUGCUUCAGAUGUAGGAAAGAAACCCAAAACUCCCAAGAAGAAGAAGAAGAAGGACCCAAAUGAGCCACAGAAACCUGUGUCUGCCUAUGCAUUAUUCUUUCGAGACACCCAAGCAGCCAUCAAGGGCCAAAACCCCAAUGCUACUUUUGGUGAAGUCUCUAAAAUUGUAGCUUCAAUGUGGGACGGCUUAGGAGAAGAACAAAAACAGGUAUACAAAAAGAAAACUGAAGCUGCCAAGAAGGAGUAUCUGAAGCAGUUAGCUGCCUACAGAGCAAGCCUUGUAUCCAAGAGCUACAGCGAACCUGUUGAUGUUAAAGCCUCCCCACAACCUCAGAUGAUGACUUCAAAGCAGUCAGUGUUUCAUGGGCCUGCCCAGGCUCACUCUGCACUGUACCUCAGUUCCCACUACCACCAACAACCAGGAAUGAAUCCUCACAUCACCGCCAUGCAUGCCAAUAUCCCCAGGAACAUAGCGCCCAAGCCCAACAAUCAAAUGCCAGUGACUGUUUCCAUAGCAAACAUGGCUGUGUCCCCUCCUCCACCACUUCAGAUCAGCCCCCCUCUGCACCAGCAUCUCAACAUCCAGCAGCACCAGCCGAUCCCAAUGCAGCAGUCCAUUGGAAACCAGCUACCAAUGCAGGUCCAGUCUGCUUUACACUCACCUACAAUGCAGCAAGGAUUUACUCUUCAGCCUGAUUAUCAGAAUAUCAUCAAUCCAACAUCAACAGCUGCACAAGUUGUUACCCAAGCAAUGGAGUAUGUUCGUUCAGGGUGCAGAAAUCCUCCAGCACAGACUGUGGACUGGAAUAAUGACUACUGCAGUAAUGGGGGCAUGCAGAGGGACAAAGCACUCUACCUUACCUGAAAAUCUGAAACAUCUCUCCUUUCCUUUCACUGAGGAAUGCAGGGAAGUCUUUUCAUCAUGGAUUGCUUUAUGCAGUCAGGGCAGUUCUGCAUUUUAUUAGAAAAUACAAGUUGCUAAGCACUUAGGACUAUUUGAGCUUGUGGGUCACCCACUCUGGAAAAAAUAGUCUCGCUUCUUUCCUUUUCUUUGUUUUUUUCCCCAUUUUUUCUCUUUCUUUCUCCUUUCCACCCCUUCCCUGAGAUCCUGUAACGGACAUUGCUUUUCUUCUUCCCUGAAGGAAACUUGGACCAUUCAGAUUUUAUGUUGGUUUUUGCUGUGAAGUGCUGCGGUAGUAACUGCCUUAGCAACUGUAGAUGUCUCGGAUAAAAGUCCUGGAUUUUCCAUUGGUUUUUCAUAAUGGGUGUUUAUAUGAAACUACUAAAGACUUUUUAAAUGGCUUGAUGUAGCAGUCAUAGCAAGUUUGUAAAUAGCAUCUAUGUUACACUCUCCUAGAGUAUAAAAUGUGAAUGUUUUUGUAGCUAAUUGUAAUUGAAACUGGCUCAUUCCAGUUUAUUGAUUUCACAAUAAGGGUAAAAUUGGCAAACAUUCAUAUUUUUACUUCAUUUUUAAACAACUGACUGAUAGUCUAUAUUUUCAAAGUAUUGGGAGAAAAAAAGUAAAGUAGUCCCAAAUUAUAUUAAUUAAAAAUAUUGGCUUUGUCUCAUAAAAUAAAUACAAAAAACUUAGGAGAAAAAACUAAUGUUGAUAAAGAGCAAACACAUUUAUUUUGUACUGCCUAAAAAAUGCUUUUUUUUUUAAAGAAAAUCACUUUAUGUGUACUGGUUAGUAAACGUCAUUUAAGUCCUUUUAUGUAUAAAACUGCCAAAUGCUUACCUGAUAUUUUAUUAGAUGCAGAAACAGAUUGGAGACAGCUAAAUUAUAACCUCUACAUAUGGCUAUGUAUUAUUGUUUCUUCAUACUGUGUCUGUAUUUAAUCUUUUUUAUGGAACCUGUUGCGCCUAUUUAUGAAAUAAUAAAUAUAGGUGUUUGUAAGUAAAUUUGUUAGCAUUUUAAAAAGGUUUCUUUGACGCUUUAACUUUUGCUGGCACAAAUUGUUCACAACUGAUGAUGUGAAUACUUUAUUUAGUUUUUACAGUGACAAAUAUAACAACAAACCUGCUUUAAUGGCAGAAAAUGAAGGUAACCAAGAACUAUUUCUCUAUUUCUUUGGUUGUUAUGGAAAAUUAAAAAAAGGUAUUUUAAGUAACUCCCUUUUUAAAGCAUUGUAGGAGGAAGUUGCCCAAAACUAAGACUUGAACCAACAAAACUAACUGAAUAAAACUGCAUAACACUGCUUCUUGAAACUUCAUCAUGUUUUGUUAAUUUGUCAAGUGGAAUAAACAUAUUACCAAAAGAAAUAUUACCAAAUAUGCUUCAGCCAUUUUAUUAUAUAUGCAAAGAUCCUGCAGAAUUUUAGGAAGUAUAUCAGAAAUACAUCCUAAAAUAAAAGGUAAGUUCAGCAGCCGCAGGGAAAGGGAUAAAAAUAUCCAAAAGAAGGUAUUUUGUCAAUGUUUGGGAUCAGGGAUAGCUCUGAAAAUAUAUUUCUGGAUGAUUUUGUCACAGAUGCCUGUCCCUUUAAUGGACACUACCACUGAUUUGUAUUUUCUGUGUGAAAUAAAGGAAGCAAUUCAGAUAGAAUACACAUUUGGCAAUGCCAUUGUUUUUUCUUUAUAAAACAAAACAGAAACAAAGGCAUGCUUGCUUCUGAAUUAUUUCAGGCAAUGUACAAUCGGAAUCACUUGGCAUGUAAUAACUAAUAAAUAAUGCAGAUCAGAUGUGAUUACUCAAAUAACUGUAGCUGAGAGCUCUAAUUUUCCUGUCUUGAAACUGUAUGAGAACUCGUGAUUAAAUUCACAGUUUAUUGUUUGUCUGUUUAGUACUUUAGAAAUAUACCAGCACUACUAAUUACCCAAUGUCUUCUAUUUAUUAUAUUACAGUAAACUACAUUUUCCACUCAUAUUAAUUCUAAAGAGAAAAGAUAAUUACUGAGAAUGAGAAAAAUCAACUUUGAUUUCAACAGGCAGUUUUCUAUUUUCUUUUAUGGAAAAGAAUUGUGUUAUCUUCAUUUCUUUUAGAGCAGGUGCGCAGUCACAUAAAGUUGUUAAUUUCGGUAUCCAAGCAGAGUUCGAAAUACAAGAAAACUUUAAUGUAAAUAAAAAAGU